ACACAAGGCUGAAGCCAACCUCGUAGCUCCAGCAUCAUCGGGUGCCGCGAACCCCAUCACCCGCCUCUCGCAGCCUCGCCCUCGGCCGGCACGCUUCAUAGCUGCUGCCUGCAUUUUUUUCACGUUCGCCGCCAUCUCGUUUCCGGCUCAGCUGCUCAUGGCUGCCCCGGAGUCGGUCCUGGCCUUUGUCGCCAAGGCAAACAGCGACGGCGGCGUCAUCGUCAAAGAGCAGCCAAAGCUCGAUCUCGAUCUCUACAUUCAGAACUACACUGGCCGAACUCGAUUCGAGCGGCUCCUCUUCAUCGGCAAGACAUGCGUACCGUUAUGUGUCGAGGCCCUCAAGGCAGCAAUUCGCGAGGCCAAAAACGGCUCAGACGUUUCGCGCUACAAGGAGGCCUGGGAAUGUAUGCGAUGGGCUGCCCCACACGAGCCGGAGGCGCAACGUGACGAAGCCUGGAUCGACCGGACGGAGGCGGCAAACAAAACCGAGACGGCGCGCCUCGAGGCAGAACUCAAGGUUUAUAAGAAUAACCUGAUCAAGGAAAGCAUUCGGAUGGGCAAUGAGGACCUCGGCCAGCACUUCGAGAAAAUAGGAAGGCUCGAGGCCGCUUCCGACUACUAUUCUCGAAUGCGCCAGGACGUCAGCACCACCCGACACAUCAUCGACUGUGGCCAGCGGCUCGCCAACGUCUCCCUGGAGCGCAAAGACUGGCCCAUGGUCCUGACAAACAUCAGCAAGGUUACGAGCCUGCCGGGAUCGAACCUCGAUCCCGCUACCGACUUGGACGCAUUUGCAUACACCCAGACCGUGUCCGGCCUCGCCUGGCUGGGCAUGGGCAACUACACAGAGGCUGCCGCCAGGUUUAUCAAUGUGCCUAGCGAGGUUCUCACGAAACCUAGCAUCAUCUCUAACCUAGCGACGCCGAGCGACAUCGUCACUUAUGGUAGUUUGACGGCUCUCGCCAGCCUAGACAGGUACCACCUACAGAAGAAUUGUCUCAACUGCCCAAUGUUCCGGCCGCUGUUCGAGGCGGAACCACAUCUCCGCAAGGCUAUCAGCCACUUUGUCAACGGCCGGUAUUCUAGCUGCUUGUCGACACUGGAGUCAGCGCGAACAGAGUACCUGCUUGACAUCCACCUUCACAAGCACAUCCCCGCUCUCUUCGCUCUCAUCCGGAGCAAGUGCAUCACGCAGUACCUCGUUCCGUUUUCCUGCGCCACUAUCCAGAGCUUGGACGCUGCAUUUGGCAAGCCCGGCCAAUCCAUCGAGCCGGAGCUCGUUGAGAUGAUUCGCAGCGGAAAGCUCAAUGCUCGGAUAGAUAGCAAGGAGAAGGUACGUCGCCGCUCCCGCGCGGUACCGGUCAGCCGGGGUAUGAACUCACGGAUGUAGCUCGUAAUCUCUAUUCGCCCCGAUGCGCGCGCCCAAAUGCAAGCCGACGCUCUCAAGUCAGCUCACGCGUACGACCGCGAGGCCAAGGAGCGUCUCAGGCGCAUCAGUCUCGUGAGCGCUGGCCUCGAAGUCGUCCCCGGAAAGCGGCAGCACGAAACCAUGCCCGGACUGGCCCACGACGAGUCCUGGUACGAGGAGGGUCGGAGUCUCGCCUCGUCGAGCGCUGGCCCCGUCGAGAGUCGGGGUUGACGAGGCCCUUGGGCGACCAGGCAUUAGUGGACUCUGAAACCUCGAUUCACGAAAUUACGAAGCGGUUACGAGGUAGUACUACUACUCGUUACAGAUUGCGGUGACAUGACGGGCUGCCCACGCGUGCAUCAGUUGUGGGUGGUUUAGAGCAGGAAUGCGUUUUUCCAACCAAGACGGGGCCCCCAGAUAGGCGGGCCUAGAGCGACAGCCGCAGCCCGCUCACUCGGCACGCUAGACCCGAGGGUUCAGGGGUCCGGUUAUCACGGCAUCAAGACGCGCUGCAUUAUAACGGUGGCGCAUCAAGGGCACAGCUAAGAUAGCCAAAGCAGCUGCCAUUUUCUGUUGUUUGUCCUUUAAGGCUGACGGCCCGAGAUGCCUUUUUGGGGUGGAUGGGCCUGCGCUAGCUGGACAGUGCACAAAGAUUAGGAUGCGAGCUGUACUAUAGAGUAGCUUGCAGUCCCGUCUACCGUAUACAAUACAGACUCGUGCGUACAGUAUGACCACUGUAUGUAUGCGUGUCUCGAGGCCAAUCGAAGAGCUUUGCCCUCCC